AUGGACAUCGUCUACCACAACGGCACAAACGGAUCCUCUCCCUAUGUCGACUUCUACCCAUACACACCAUCAGCAACAGCCGGAUAUGCAUUCAUGGUCAUCUUCGGCAUUUCGACUGUCGUACAUAUCAUUCUAACAAUCCCAUUCCGCGCUGCAUACUUCAUCCCCCUCAUACUGGGCGGUAUAUGCGAAACAUUCGGCUACUACGGCCGAGCAUGGUCGCACCAAUCCAGAACCAAUAUUGGCUCAUGGGCUCUACAAGAAAUGCUCAUCCUCUGCUCUCCACCUCUCAUCUCAGCAACAAUCUACAUGGUCCUCGGGCGAAUCAUUCGCGCUUUCGAUGCAGAACACCUAUCCAGCAUCCGAACAAAACGGUUAACAUUCAUCUUCGUAAUGAAUGAUAUUCUUUGCUUCUGCACACAGCUCGGUGGAGCGGGCGUGCAAGUAACGGGUGACGCGCAUAUAAUGGAUAUCGGCAAGAAAGUUGUAUUAGCGGGAUUAAUAUUUUCGUUGAUCGUGUUUGCAUUCUUCGUGUUGAUCGCUGCGAAGUUUCAUCGGAGGCUGGGCAAGGAUCCGGUUCCGUUUUUGUUGGAACAUGGGGAUCUUCAUUGGAGGAGGUAUAUGUGGGCGAUUUAUGUGGCUUGUUUGGCUGUUAUGGUGAGAAAUCUUAUGAGGACUGUUCAAUUUGGGGCGAGUCAGACGGCGCCGGUCAAUACUAGUGAGGUUUAUAUUUAUGUGUUCGAUGCGUUUAUGAUGUUUCUUUCGAUGUUUGUUUUGGCUGUUUAUCAUCCAGGGUUAUUGAUUAAGAAGGCUCGGAGGCUUGGGAAGACGGAUUUUGAGAGGUUAUCUUCUCCUAUGACGUCGGAACAUGUUCCUUUGACGGAGUAUGAGCCGGCUGCGAUGCGGAAAUGA